AUGGCUCUUGAAGAUAUUUGUGGUGUUAAAGACACCCCCCUGCAUCAUAAGUGGUGUCCUGCCUCCUCCUUCAAAGAUGCAGCAUCAUCUAUUCAUAUGACUGACUAUUUCAGCCUUGGAUCAAGGACUCGAAAAACAUCAAGGACUGAUAAUGAGAUACCCCUGCAUUUCUUCAUACCACCUUCGUCAAACUCCGCUACUUUCAACCACAGAUCACCACUGCCCUCUCCCCCAGCCAAACAGUCAAAGAUGGUCUGCAGGCCUUUCCCUCUGUCUCAUGGAACAACUACUCUGGGUUUCCUCUUUCAGGGUGGGGUCAUUGCAGCUGCAGACACUCGAGCUAGUGCUGGGGGGCUUGUUGCAUGCCCAUUUGUUCACAAGAUUUCCCCAAUUCACUCCCAUUUAGUGGUCACUUCCUCAGGGAGUGGUGCAGACUGCAUGCUAUGGGAGCGAAUUCUAACCAGAGAGAUCAGACUCUACCAACUACGGCACAGACAUCACCUCUCGAUUCGAGGUACAGCUAAACUCCUGUCAUUUAUGCUGCACCCCUUCAAAGGGACUGAAGUGUGUGUGGCUCUUACACUGUGUGGCUGGGAUACAGAAGUUGCUUCAUCCCCUAACAGUGGCCCACAGCUGAUAUACGUGUGCAGUGAUGGAGCUCGACUGCAGGGAGAUGUCUUCUCAGUGGGUUCAGGCUCUCCUUAUGCUUAUGGAGUCCUGGAUAGAGAGCUGAGGUGGAAUCUGAGUAAAGAAGAGGCCAUCGCCCUAGCAAGGGAAGCUGUGUUCAGAGCCACCCACCGGGAUGCUUACUCUGGGAACAAUGUGGACCUCUUCCACAUCACAGCUCAGGGAUGGAGCCAAAGGGAGAGAGAGGACUUGAAGGAAGAGUAUUAUAGAGACAAGAAGAGGAAGGAGAAGUUAGUGGAGGAAAGGAAAAGACUGAUCAAGUAA